AAUAUCAGUCUGUGCCGUGGAGAAAAGUGAGAAACAUUUUUUGCUAAACAAGAAAAGGAAAGUUGCCAUAAAAAUGGACAAGGCACUGUUACAGGGAGAUGAUCGGAAAACAUGGGGGACGACGGUGUUCGUGAAGGAGCUGAAGAAGGUGAGUUACAUGGCGGCACCGAUGGUGGCUGUAUCGGUAUCACAGUAUCUAUUACAGGUGAUAUCGUUGAUGAUAGUUGGUCAUGUUGGUGAGCUUGCUCUUUCUGGGGUUGCUAUUGCCACUUCUUUCACCAAUGUCACUGGCUUCAGUUUACUUUUUGGAAUGGCUGGUGCAUUGGAAACACUAGGUGGUCAGGCUUAUGGAGCCGGACAAUAUCAAAAGCUUGGAACCUACACUUACUGUUCAAUCUUAUCUCUCAUUACAAUUUGCCUCCCAGUUUCCCUCUUUUGGAUUUUUAUGGACGAAUUCUUAAUAUUUAUGGGUCAAGACCCUCAAAUUUCACAUGUAGCCAGCAUUUACUCCAUUUGGCUCAUCCCUGCAUUAUUUGCCGAUGCUAUUCUUCAAUCACUGGUUCGUUAUUUCCAGUCCCAAAGCCAAAUUCUCCCAUUAUUUUUAAGUUCAUGUGCCACCAUAUGCUUCCAUGUACCACUUUGCUGGGUUCUAGUACAUAAAACCAAUCUGGGUUACGUAGGUGCUGCAUUAGCAAUCACACUUGCCUUGUGGUUUAAUGUCAUUGUGCUCGGGUUUUACAUGAGAUGGUCCGCUAGUUGUGAGUCGACUCGGACUGUUAUUGUGGGGGAUGUUUUCGCGAGUAUCAAAGAGUUCUUAGGCUUUGCACUCCCUUCUGCUGUAAUGUGUUGUCUUGAAUGGUGGUCAUUCGAGCUUCUCGUACUUCUAUCCGGCCUUUUACCGGAUUCGGAACUCGAAACAUCGGUUCUUUCUAUAUGCCUUUCAACAACAUCAUUACACUACUUCGUACCGUAUGGAGUUGGUGCUGCUGCAAGUACUCGAGUUUCGAAUGAACUAGGAGCAAUGAACCCACAUUCGGCUCGAGUAGCAGUCAAUGUCGUGAUGAUACUCGGAAUUUUUGAAGCAAUGACUGUUAGCAUAACCCUCUUCAGCUGCCGUUAUGCUUUCGGAUAUCUAUACAGCAACGAACAGGAAGUUAUCGACUACGUUGGAGAAAUGAUUCCUUUAAUUUCACUAUCCGUCAUCAUUGACAGUUUACUAGCAGUUAUUUCCGGUGUCGCGAGAGGAACCGGGUGGCAACACAUUGGAGCAUACGUGAACCUUGGGGCAUACUACCUUGUUGGAAUCCCAGUUGCUGCUCUGCUAUGCUUUAGCCUACAUCUUAGAGGAAAGGGACUUUGGAUUGGAAUAUUGACCGGUUCUUCUUUACAAUUGGUUCUUCUAGCUUUAGUUACUGGUUUCACAAAUUGGCAAAAACAGGCAAGCAAGGCACAAGAGAGAAUAUUUGAAGAGAAAUUUUCCAAUGGAUUAUUAGCUUGAAGAAACAUGAACUGGUCAUGUGUUGAGCUACCAACAUUUUGAUUUAGUUCUUAUGGAUUUUGUGUUUAGUUAUAAACCUUUUAAGUCACCAUGUUUAUACAAUAAAUUGCCAUCGUGUUGUCUGGUUUUAUGUCCCACUUUUUUAUGUCCAUUAAAUCUCCUGUAUAUAUAUGUAUUGCUGAGGGUUAGGUUUUCGAUAUGUUGAUAUUGUUUUUUGGUGAGAGUUUUGUUUCUCAACUUUAUUGAAAGCUUGAGCGGGUUUAUAAAGUAAUUCUGUUGAGGGUUAGACUCUCCAUAUGUAGCUAUGCUUCUGCAUAUGAAUUUAGGAUGCUUAAUCAUGACUCUUUGGUGCUAUCUUUCACAUAUGUUUCUGUUGGACAUUUAGAGAUGUUAAUAAGGCAGCUUAUUUGUGUGUUUGGGUGA